CCUAAAUAUAUCACAUAUCAAGUCCUGUGCCUUUCCUUCUCCUCUAUACUCUUUUCGAUGUCAGGACGUGUCCUGACCCCAAAAGAGGAAUGGUCCGCAGGAUAAAACAUGCACACUACACAUGGGAAUUUUUUUGCGCUCUUGACAACCUACCCAUUCACAAUGGACCAGCAUCAAUAUUGUUUCAAUCCACACCACGUCCAAAGCAUGCACCAGGAAGAGGUGCUUCGCUAUCGAAUGGAUUUUGAACCGUACCAAUCACAAAAUAAUGCUUUGGCAAGAUCAUCCCUGACGAUCGCCUCCUCAAUGCCGUUGUCAGAGCCCCGACCGCUCUUUCCUCCUCCGAUCCCUCCUACCCACCACAACCGAGUGCCGAAUCCAAGCCCUACUCUCCCGCUCUCGCGCGGCUGGCACUUGCAGACGCCGGACAGUGUGAGGAGCAGACCAAAGAAAACCGGCCGAGCGAAUGAUCCGCUGCGUCUUCCCAAAAGACAGUAUACAGUUUUCUUUCAAAGAGUUCCGGACACCGAAGACGGGUGGCAUGAAGCGAGGAAUCGGCUCGGCCUGACGAAUCUCGAAGGCAUCGCCAAAGCAAUCGAUGAUAUCAUAUGGUUCGGAAGCGAUUGUCCAGAGUCCUGGAUCUCCAGGGACAUGACAGACUACAUUGCGCAUCGGGCGAGGAAAGCAGAGAGGAUCGGUGGUUCCGAUCGAGUCACAUUUCUGUCCAGAUAUGGCCACGUAGUCUUCUUGGGUGAAUGUUGCGUCGCCCGUCAACUCUUAACAAGUAAAAAUUCGAUCGACAGAGCCGUGAAAAGCUUCUUUGACAAUACGAUAUCGUCAGCCAGGUCGUCGGAACGAACCUCCGCGAGUAGGAAGACACAGCAAAUGUACGAGAAGGUUCCAUUAUGGAUUACGCGUCAGCAGGAACUGCUGUUUGAGCGUUGUGGGCAUCUUGCGUCAGAGAUGUUCCUUCAUGGUACGGCCAUCAGUGAGAACCGAGUUUCUGUCAGUGCUGACCAGUUGCUGCUGCUUAGCUGCGAUGAGUCUCUCAAACUUCGACAGUCUAUCCAGGUCCGGGUCAGACCAGCGGUUUCGGGAAGACACCAUGGCUAAGAUCCCAUCGAACAUGAUAUCGUCGCCCCAGACCAAGCUUCCCUUCUAUCUGCCAUUCAUCGUCUGGGCACGUAUCCGCCUUCACACAGGCAUUGAUUGCCACGAGCAACUGGGACCCGCAUUAGGUGCCACCAAGUUUACCCAAGCCGAUUUCCAAAGAUGGUUUGAAAUCUAUCAGCAGAACACAACAAAGCCUACGACAGGUAACAAACGUCCCCUAAGCGAAGUUCAACCUGAGCCGACAAGGAAACGACAGCGGACCGGCCCUCAAAGGCCAGACAGGUCACCACUUCAUACUGCUGCUUCGGGUGUCUCAGGUGCUCUUGUACAGGCAGGCGAUCUUGCCCUGUCUCUGCUCGUCGGCAGCAAUGCAGACAAGGGCGUA